UGACGACCCAUUCUUUUUUAAUGAUAAAAUUAGCCGUUGCGACUGUUUCUCUCGGCUCUCUCCGUCUCCAUUACCAUUGCAGAUCUUGAAGUUCUCUGCAAUUCUAUCAUAUUGAAGACUACGGUAAAGGUUCAGGAGUUGAUUUGUAUUUUCAUACUUGGCUUUUGGUAGCCCGUGAACAGAUAUAGAGGUUGAAGAAUUCCAAAUUUCAGAACAAAGUUUUGAAGGUAUUUUACUGAUAGUUAGUCUUGUGACAAAGGGUUCGACUCCAAACCAAUGGGAAAAGCGUCGAGGGACAAACGGGACAUCUACUAUAGGAAAGCCAAAGAGGAAGGAUGGCGUGCCCGAAGUGCCUUCAAAUUACUUCAGAUUGAUGAGGAAUUCAACAUAUUUGAAGGGGUAAAGCGUGUGGUAGAUUUAUGUGCGGCACCUGGAAGCUGGAGUCAGGUUUUGAGUCGAAAAGUUUAUCUCCCAGCAAAGCUGUCACCUGAUUCCAAAGAAAGUGAUCUACCACUUAUCGUGGCCAUUGAUUUGCAACCUAUGGCUCCUAUAGAAGGUAUUAUUCAAGUUCAAGGGGAUAUCACAAAUGCCAGGACAGCUGAAACGGUCAUCCGGCAUUUUGAUGGAGGCAAGGCUGAUCUCGUUGUGUGUGAUGGUGCACCUGAUGUAACUGGCUUACAUGACAUGGAUGAAUUUGUUCAGUCCCAACUCAUUUUGGCGGCGUUGACAAUAGUUACACACAUACUAAAAACUGGUGGAAAGUUUAUUGCAAAAAUAUUUCGAGGAAAAGAUACUAGUCUCCUUUACUGUCAGCUAAAAUUAUUUUUCACGGAGGUAACAUUUGCAAAACCGAAAAGCAGUCGUAAUUCAAGCAUAGAGGCAUUUGUGGUCUGUGAGAAUUACUCACCCCCUGAAGGCUUUAACCAAAAAGAUUUGCACCGCCUCCUGGAAAAAAUUGGAAGUCCUUCUGGUGCAGAUGAUCUAGACUGCAGCAGUGGGUGGCUAGAAGGGCCUAACAAGGUUUAUAUUCCAUUUCUGGCAUGUGGUGACUUCAACGGGUAUGACUCAGAUCGUUCAUAUCCACUUCCUAAAUCCGCAGAUGGAUCUUACCAGAGCUUAGAUCCAGUACAACCUCCCAUUGCACCUCCAUACAAGCGUGCUUUAGAAAUGAAAAAAGCUUCAAGUCAUGGACUUCAAGGUCUUGAAAAACUUUCCCUUGAUCCCUGAGCGUGGUGAUGAAGGCCAUUUCUUCAGUCCACACCAUUUCAAUAUAGUUAAACUUUUUGGAUGGUGAUCAUGGUUGCAUUUUUUAGACACUACUGUUGAGUAACCAUUAAUGUUUGGCUUGCUAUGUACUCUAGUAUAACUAAUACGAUGACCAGCGGAGGGUAAUGCUAAAGCAUUCGUGAUGUUAGAACAGCUUAAGAACGUCAUGUAUCUGAUAUCUCGAUUGUACUUGUUGAUACCGAUGUGUGGCUUGCAUAGAUCAGCAGAAAACGGCAGAUCUCAUUUGCAAGACUUAAAUGAAGAAACGAACGGUGCCUGUCUGAUACUCUAUAAUUCAUAGGUUAUA